AGCUAGCUCUUAGACACGGUCACGGUGCAGUUUGUUACGUGGGCUGAGCACUAGCCGUGAUCACCAUGCGCGCAAGCAGCGGCUGCGCGCAAGAGUACUACCCCGGUCGCCGCUGCCUCGCAGUCGCAGCUGGGGCCUCGCCGCCGGUGUCGGCCUCGGCCUCGGCUCAGUCGCUUGACGCGCAGCGCGCGGACCUGGAGAGGGCGCUGGGGGUGACCACGACCGUGCUCUUCGUCGCCAGCUUGUUGUUCAUCGUGCUCAGCACGCUCUACGGCUGCCUCUGCACCGGCAGGCCCCAACAACCCGACGGCGACCCGGGCGCGUUACCGGCGGCGGCGUCUGCCGAGGAGACCAAGCGCGCGCUCGAGGAGAUCCCCGUGGUGGUCGUGCAGGUGCGCGACGACGGCGACCGGGGCAGCGAGGGAGGCGUUGAGGAGGAGGAGGCCGGGGAGUGCGCGGUGUGCCUGGCGGAGUACGCGGGCGGGGAGGAGGUGCGCGUGUUGCCCGCGUGCCGGCACGGGUUCCACCGGGAGUGCGUCGAUCGGUGGCUGCUCACGCGCGCGCCCACCUGCCCCGUGUGCCGCGCCCCCAUCGCCGCGCGCUCCAAGGAACCCGACGCCAAGUGCUGCGCCGGCGGCGAUGCCGUGCUGCCUGUAGUCCCAUAAAAACGUGAGGGUAAACAUACAUGUAGCGAGACGUACAGUGCACUAAUCUGGUAGUGGUGUUGAGCUCAGUUUUGCUGGUUUUCUUCUUCUUCUGAUAAGAUAAGAACAUUCGAUCGAUGAGAUGAAAUGUUAUUAGCUAGGCCAGUGAUUUUUAUUUACAAAAUUAGCUAGAUCAACGAUGAUCCAUGUGGAUGUAGCAUCAGGAAUUCAGGAUUAUCCAGCUUUUGAACUCUGCUGGGAACUUGGGAUGAAGGCAUGUAGCGGUGGGUGCACGUACGGUGGUACGGGCGUGUCCAUCCUGAUCCGCAUUCGAUCGUGUCCAUGGAGAAAUGUAAGACCAUAACUGUGAUGUACACACCUACUAUAUGAGUCUUUAAAAUAUUUUAA